AUUUUCAGGAAGGUUUGCGAACGUUACAAAACAAUUGCGUCAGAAACUUGCGCAUUUGUCUCCAGAAAGGUGAACUGCGUGUAUUGCUCUCACUGAUACAGGUUAGAAAUACACUGCGACCAUGUUAGUGGCGAGGCUGGCAUGUUUAAGGAGUCUCCCGCUUGCUGGGCUCCGUCCUGUGUUGUCACAGGGCUCCUCAGCCAUGAGAGCGCACACCCUGAAAGCCUGUCCACCCCUACUCAGGCCACAGCAGGGUUAUUCCACUAAGGCCAGAUUUGGAUUCCGGCGUGUGAAAACCACCAGGGAUCAGCUUAAAGAAGCUGCUUUUGAGCCAGCAACAGAGACGGCCAUCAAAAUUGACAGCAUGGGGCGAAUGAUCCUGGCUGGAGGUGCAGCAGUUGGCCUUGGAGCUCUGUGCUACUAUGGCCUUGGCAUGUCCAAUGAAAUCGGUGCAAUUGAAAAAGCAGUGAUCUGGCCUCAGUAUGUGAAGGACAGGAUCCACUCCACUUACAUGUACUUUGCAGGCAGUGUUGGACUGACAGCUCUUUCGGCUGUAGCUGUGAGCAGGACUCCAGCACUUAUGGGUCUGAUGAUGAGAGGAUCCUGGCUGGCAAUUGGAGCAACUUUUGCAGCAAUGAUUGGUGCAGGGAUGUUGGUUCGGUCCAUUUCAUAUGAGCACAGCCCAAUGCCCAAACAUCUUGCCUGGAUGCUUCAUGCAGGUGUGAUGGGUGCCGUCAUCGCUCCAUUAACUCUCCUUGGAGGACCUCUGAUGAUUAGGGCUGCCUGGUACACAGCAGGCAUUGUGGGAGGUUUGUCUACUGUUGCCAUGUGUGCUCCAAGCGAGAAGUUCCUCAACAUGGGAGGACCAUUGGCUGUUGGCUUUGGAGUGGUGUUUGCUUCCUCUCUUGGGUCGAUGUUCCUACCACCCACCUCAGCUUUAGGGGCAGGCCUGUACUCUGUUGCCAUCUAUGGGGGCUUGGUCCUCUUCAGCAUGUUCCUCCUCUAUGAUACACAGAAGGUCAUCAAGAGGGCUGAGACACACCCUCUCUAUGGAGUGCAGAAAUAUGACCCCAUUAAUGCGUGUAUGGGGAUUUACAUGGACACACUGAACAUUUUCAUAAGGCUGGUGAUGAUUCUGGCUAAUGGUGGAAGUGGAAGACGGAAGUGAAUACCACGAUGAGUUCUGCUACAGUUUUUUGUUCCACAGAGCUGAAAACGGUCCUGUUUCUUCUUAUCAGCGUACAUCAGAUGUUAUCUUUUAGAAACAAGUCUUAUGUAGCUGGUAGAUGAACACAAAUGCUUUGUACAUGCGUGAAUAUGAGAAUCGCACUCUGAGAUGUGUGUUGCCAGUGCAACCAAGGAAGAUGAAUUGAUGUACAGUAUUAGUUAAAAAAUUAGGCAUGCAUACUCAUUCAAAGUUAAUAGGUAGGUGUGUCGAAACCCUUUACUGGUACUGUACAUUCAUAACACUCGAGACUGAGCUCUUGCUUUAUUUUGGAAUUUUAUUGUUUAUCCAGGGAGUCACAGGUGUGUUAAAUCUGUUCUGUUCAGGUAUCAUUUGUAAUCUUUUUUUUUUAUUUAUUGUCAUUCAAGAUUACAGUUUAGAAAUAUAUAUUAACAUAAAUGCCACAUGUGUCAACCACAGACUUCUCUGAAUUAAUAGAAGAAAUUAAGCUGUAACAACUUGGGAAUUUAGUGAUAUUUCAUUUCUGUUGACAUUAGCUCUUUUUGGGGGAGAAAAUGCAGUAAAUUCAACAAUGAAGUCAAUAAACAUGUGAAGAU